AUGAACCAAGAAACAAUCAUCAUCAGUUUCCACUCCCAAAAAGAAAGAAACCCACAAGGAGAAGCAACUAUCUUUUCAGCAAUGGCUUUCAAAAAGGAUGGGAUAUUCAUUGAUUUUGGUCAUGAGUUAUUUUACUUAAACGGAGAAUUAGUAAAUAAAGAUUCGUUUUGCAAGUUUAUCAAGUUACACAAUGCAAAUCAAUGCUUCAUCGGUAAAAACUUUGUGAAUCGCUGCUUUGAGGAGGAUCUUUUUUCAGAUGAUUUGCCUGUGGAGGCUGGGAGGAGAAUCUUGCGUGAUUUAGUUAUAAAAGAAACUAAAAAAUCGGUUUUUAGAACAAAAUAUAUGGCCAUGGGAGGAACAGGAAUGUUGUUUCUUUGUUGCAGUUUUAUUUGCCCUUGUUUUUUUCGAUCUAAAAGGAAAGAUACAGAUGAUGCUGCUCUUGUUAAGGAUUCAAAUUCACUGGAGAGUGCUCCAUCUGUAGAAAUGAAUUCCGUAUCGGGAAAGAUUCCCGCAAGUCCAUUGCGGGUCCCACCGAGCCCCGGUAGAUUUUCAAUGUCCCCAAAACUUGAUAGGAUUGGAUCGGUUCAUCUGACAGUGAGUCAAGUUGCAAGAGCUACUCAAAAUUUUUCACCAUCAUUGAAAUUAGGCGAAGGGGGAUUUGGAACUGUUUAUAAAGCUCAACUACAAGAUGGUCAAUUUGUUGCCAUAAAAAGAGCAAGCAAGGAACACUUUGAUGCUCUAAGAAGUGAAUUUAGAAGUGAGAUUGAGUUACUUGCAAAGAUUGAGCAUCGAAAUCUUGUAAAAUUGCUUGGUUAUGUUGACAAAGGGAAUGAGCGUCUUAUUAUUACAGAAUACGUGUCUAAUGGGACACUUAGAGAACAUUUAGAUGCGGUUCAUGGAAGUUGCUUGGAUUUCAGUCAAAGGCUUGAAAUUUCAAUCGAUAUUGCUCAUGGCUUAACCUACCUUCAUUUAUACGCAGAAAAACAAAUAAUCCACCGAGACGUGAAAUCAUCGAACAUUCUUCUGAAUGAGAGGAUGCGGGCCAAAGUGGCGGAUUUCGGGUUUGCCCGACUUGGGGCAGCAGAAUCGGGCAAAACACAUGUUAUGACUAAAGUCAAAGGGACAGUCGGGUACCUUGACCCGGAAUAUAUGAGAACUUAUCAACUCACUCCAAAGAGCGAUGUCUACUCUUUCGGUGUUUUGCUCAUAGAAAUUCUUACGGGUCGUCGACCCGUUGAGUCAAAACGGGUACCCGAGGAAAAGGUCACAAUUAGAUGGGCGUUUGGGAAGUACAACAAAGGCGAAGCGAUGGACUUGGUGGACCCGCAAAUGAGGGAAGCCGUGGACGAGGAGAUUUUCGAGAAAAUGUUGAGUUUGGCGUUUCAAUGUGCGGCCCCCACACGAGCUGAUCGGCCGGACAUGAAGACGGUUGGAGAGCAGUUAUGGGCCAUUCGGAUGGACUAUCUUAGACAAGGAAGAAGAGGGUAAUUCAAAAGAUUUGAAGUUUCUUGUAUUGUAGAUUUCUAGCUUUGUAAAACUUAAAAUUUCUCUUCUCAUUUUAGAUUUGCUUCUUGUAAUGUUUUCU